CCUCAAGUAGCUUCGAUGGCCGCCAAGAAGCAGCAGACGACGCAGAAGCGCAAGCUCGACGCGCCCGCGCCGGUCUCCAAGAAGGGCAAGUACGAAGCCAUCGCGGCCAAGUCCAAGAAGGCGGCCAAGGUCGUCGUGCCCGAGUCCGAGUCGGAAGAUGAGCCCAUGGCCAGCGAGAACGAGGAAGAGGUCUCGGAAGACGAGCAGGAUGUCGAUGAAGACGACGAUGACGAAGACGACGACGACGACAACUACGACGACGAUGCGACGCCCAAGGGCUUCUCGGACGGUAACGCCAAGUGGCUCAAGCCCAAGAACGCUGGCAGCGACGACGAGGAUGAAGACUCGGACGACGAGCACAUGACCGAGUUUGAGCGCAAGGCCGCGCGCCUCGCAGCCAAGGAGGCCCAGGACGAGGAGGACGCCGAGGAAGAGAUGCAGCUCAACCUCGCCAACCAGGGCAAGUACGAGCUCCCGGACGAAGACGACGAGGACGACGACGAGGCCGGCGGUCUUGACGCGUCGGACGUCUACCAGCGCAUCAAGGACGUCAUUGAAGUCCUGGCGCACUUCAAGGAGCGCCGCGAGGCCCAUCGCAGCCGCUCCGAGUACAUUGACCAGCUCACGACCGACAUGGCGUCGUACUUUGGCUACAACCGCGACCUCAUGGUGCUCUUCAUGCAGAUGUUCUCGCCCGCCGAGACGCUCGAGUUCAUCGAGGCCAACGAGCAGCCGCGCCCGCUCGUCAUCCGUGCCAACACGCUCAAGACGCGCCGGCGCGACCUCGCCCAGGCGCUCAUCCAGCGCGGUGUGAACCUCGACCCGCUCGCCAAGUGGUCCAAGGUCGGCCUCAAGAUCUACGACUCGCCGGUCCCGAUCGGUGCGACGCCCGAGUACCUCUCCGGCCACUACAUGCUCCAGUCGGCGUCGUCGUUCGGCCCGGUGCUGGCGCUCGCGCCCGAAGCCAACGAGCGCAUCCUCGACAUGUGCUGCGCGCCGGGCGGCAAGACCACGUACGUGGCCCAGCUCAUGCGCAACUCGGGCACGCUCAUCGCGAACGACCUGAAGAAGAACCGCCUCAAGGCCACGGUGGCCAAUCUCCACCGCCUCGGCGUCAAGAACUGCGCCGUCUCCAACUACGACGGCCGCAAGCUCCCGAGCGUCUUCACCGGCUUUGACCGCGUCCUCCUCGAUGCGCCGUGCACGGGCAUGGGCGUCAUUGCGCGCGACCCGUCCAUCAAGACGCAGAAGACGGAGAAGGACGUCUUCCGCCUCUCGCACCUCCAGAAGGAACUCAUUCUCGCGGCCAUCGACGCCGUCGACGCCAAGAGCGCGUCCGGCGGCAUCAUUGUCUACUCGACGUGCUCGGUCAUGGUCGAAGAGAACGAAGCGGUUGUCGAGUACGCGCUCAAGAAGCGCGCGGUCAAGCUCGUCGACUGCGGCCUCGACCACGGCAAGCCCGGCUUCACCCGCUACCAGCAGCAGCGCUUCCACCCGAGCAUGACGCUCACGCGCCGCUUCUACCCGCACGUGCACAACAUGGACGGCUUCUACGUGGCCAAGUUCAAGAAGUACGCGAACGCCAAGCCGGACGACGGCUCGGACGACGACGACAACAAGGACGAGUACGACUCGGACAACGAGUCCAAGGUGCUCUCCAAGCGCCAGAAGCGCCAGCUCGAGAAGGCCAACAAGAAGGCGGCCGAUGCCGUCGACGCGUCGGUCGUUGAAGAAGACAGCGACGACGAGAUCGCGGGUGAGGCCAGCGAGGACGAAGCUGAGGAAGAAGCUGAGGAAGACGAGGCUGUCGAAGAAGAAGCCUCGGAGGAGGAAGAAGCCGAAGAGGAAGAGGCCUCGGAGGAGGAAGAAGAGGAGCCCGUCGUGGAAGCCAAGCCCGUCAAGAAGCAGCAAAAGACGGCCACGAAGCCGGCCGCCAAGCCCGCCGCCAAGCCCGCCGCCAAGCCCGCGGCCAAGCCCGCGGCGCCUGCGGUCAAGAAGGUCCAGGGCAAGAACCAGCCGGUGGGCAAGGGCAACAAGCCCGGCAAGCCGACGGCCUUGAACCCCAAGGCCAAGCAGGCCCGCUUCAUGGCCAACAAGUUUGCCGAGGCGCGCCUGAAGAAGAAGGCCAAGAAGUAAACCAAUGCAUUAUUUUCCCAUGUUAAUCCAUAGAAUUUCUCCUUAUAUACACCGCC